UCCACACCCCUGCACAGUCACACUCAUGCACAUGCUUACAGUAGCAGUAAGAUCAGCAACUCAGAUGAGAACUGUUGUGACAUAGAGAUCAACUCUAUUGGACAUGUUUUUCUACAUACCUGCUUUUAUAGAGGAUUACACGAACCGCCAUGAAGAUCAAGAGACUUGCUCCUCCUCAAAUGUCUUAGGAGUUUGAGAUGAAUAUGAAGACAGACUCUGCCGCUGCUUGUGAGAUUAAGAAGGAGCUGCUGCUGAGUUGUUUCUCAACAUCUGGAACAUCAGAGCAGCAAUGGACCUGACUUUGUGGCAGUACCAGUUCAGAAUAAUCAUGCUGGGAGAUUCCACUGUGGGCAAGUCUUCACUGCUAAAGCGCUACACUGAGGACUUGUUCCUUGAGUCCAUUAACCAAACAGUAGGUGUAGAUUUUUAUGUUCAUUUCCUGGAGGUGGAGCCAGGGGUCCGUGUCAAGCUACAGUUUUGGGACACAGCUGGGCAAGAGAGAUUCAGGUCAGUGACCCGUUCUUAUUAUCGCAACUCAGUUGGGGCCCUGCUGGUGUUUGACAUGACCAGUCGAGCUUCUUUUGACCAUAUUAAGGAGUGGCACGCUGAGGUGUGCGAGCGAGUGCAGCCACAUAAAGUUCUAUUUGUCCUGGUGGGUCAGAAGAGUGACAGAGAUGCUUUUGGGGAGAGGAAGGUGAGCCGAGAAGAGGCAGAGAAGUUUGCCGGACAGCUAGGGAUGCCCUACGUGGAGGCCUCUGCAAAGACUGGGGAAAAUGUGAAAGAGUCCUUUGAGCUCCUCACUCGAAGGAUCUACCAGGGUCUGAUGAGUGGAGAGGUGGAGCUGCAAGAGGGCUGGGAUGGUGUGAAGUGCGCAGCUCCACAGGCGCUGCAGUUACAAAGAGCCAGCAUGUCUCAGCCCAGCACAGUUGACAACAACAACAGGAAGUGUUGUGGGUAAACAAUGAACUCAAUGUCACCGUAGGACCAAAACUGCCCACAGGAAGUUGGAUUUAUAGUGAUAGUGUUGUCAAUGUCCAACCAUCAUGUAUCAUAUUGACUGCAUUUUUGCACCCUUUUCUGUAUGAAAAUAAAGAUUUAAUCAUUCGGUAAAGCAAGUUGAAUGAAUCCUGAAAGCUGGAGAUAUCAGUUUAAAAUUCGUGCAAAUUACAUUUUGACUUGUUGAGCACAAACAUGCUGAUUGUUUCCGAGCAAAAUAUCUUGGCUACUAUUUGAUUUAUUAUUGUUCAAGAGGCUCAGUGUAAAGUCUAAUCACUUCACUCAUGAGUUUGUACAAACAUUCUUAGCAUUAGCUUCUGGCUAAAAGGUGCUCGGUGAGGUCAAGCCUCACAAAUCUGCAACUGUGGCCCACUUAAAAACACGGGUUAUAGAUUUUUAUUUUGUAAGACUCAUUUUUAUUUUAUUUUUUUUUUAUUAUUUUUUUUGCUAUGCCCACAGUCUAUCACACUAAUGGACUUGAGGUCAUUACUUGCCUCAUUUCAGAGGGAGCAGGGUUUGGAAAGGUGAUAUGCACUGUGUUUUUUGCUUUUUUUCUUAAUCCGUCUACUAGAUGCUUAAAAAAGUGACCGGGUUGCAAACACAUUCCAUCUAAAUGCAGGGGAUAAUAUCACAUUUUUUGUACUAUUGAUUUUUGUGAUUUAAGACCUUUAGCUUACACUAGAAAAGUGGUUUCCCAGCCUGAGGGGAACUGCAGGAUAUCUGAGAGGUCAGCAGGUGUGCACUUCUGCAUUUUAUUAAAGACAUACAAUGUAAUUUUCCUCAAAGGGAGGAAAGGAUUGCAUCUUCCACAUGGUUGGAGCCACUGUGCUACAAUUACAUUCUGCAUUAUUCCUUAGGACCAAUUUCAGAACAAAACAAAACAAAAAAACAAAAAUCCAUUAUUCUUGUCUGUUACUUGUUGUUUGUGACUGGUAGCAGUAAAGGUACCGAGGAUCUUAAGUGAACACAUCUUUUGGUCCUGAGUCCAUGUACAGAAUAAAGUUUGUUACACUAUUGACUGCACAGCAUCCUGCUGAGUGAACAAGUAGUUUUCAGGUGCUGUUAUUGAAAUUAAAUAAACUAACUCUUGGACGCCUCUUGAUCUUACAUUUUUAACAUUGAAUGGUUUCCAAAUCUAUUAUGGUUCAUCUGACUCAUUACCAGCUUUCCGUGUUUCUGCAGCCCCAAAAUGAAAAGAAUUUAUUUUACAAGACAUAACAGGCAGCUUAUAGUCGUUUCCACAUUUUAGCCUGUGGGCUUGGUUCACUCAAAGCAGGCAACUGAACUCAUUAAAUUAACUGAAGUUCUACCUCAACUUGGCUCUUCAAAAAUUAGCAUUUUUACAUCAGUACAUCCACUGAGACUGUCGAGCAGAUGUUAAAAAUUGAUGUAACCACAAACAUCAAUUUGCUUCUUGAUACCUUUAAUUUAAAACAAAUUCCCUACUAACUUUAAUACAGCCAUUCACACGUUCAGAACAUUUUUUGACUGAAUAAGAAAAAAACAUUAAGGUUAAAAAUUCUGAUGUAAACUUUAUUUUGUCAAUGUUUUGAUUAUGUUUUGCAGAGUCGCCAAAGGGGAAACUAUGUUUGCAAUUAUGGCUAAAACAAAUGUCUUAUAUAUAACUGUCAUAGUAACAGUUACAUAACAGCACAUACAUGUCUGAAAAUAAAAGGAAAGUAAUUCCUGGAUGUCUUUGCAGCAUCAAUUAAGUGGGU